AUGCUUGCGUCAACGACGCAAGAUACCAUGAAUAAUGCAAAUGAUAAUAUUCAGAAAGAGUUAUCAUCACUUGAAGUACUUCCUCGUUCACUAUCAACAGUAGAUUCAAAUGAGUUUUAUAAUAUUAUUCAACAACAAUAUGGUGGUGUUUGGGGAACAUUUAAAUUCGAAGAUUCACUUGGUGAUUACUCUGGUGAGGGUCGAUCAUUUCUUUAUGUUGAUGGUAAUAUUGAUUUAGAUGUUCUAAGUCAAUUCAUGGCUAAUGAAUGGAAAUUAAAAGCACCAAAUUUAGUUAUAUCUAUUGUUAGUGCAAUUUCACGUUAUAAACUAUUUAAAAAUCUUGUAAUGCUUGAAGCAUUAAAAACUGGCAUAAGAAAUACUGUAAAUGCCUCGGAAAUAUGGUUUAUAACAAAUGGUUUUGAUCUUGGUUUGCCACAAUUAAUUGGAUCUGCUUUUCGAGAUGAAAUUUCAUUCAGACAAGCUGAUGAUGCAUGGGCAAUAGGCAUGGGUCGCGACCCAAAAAAACGUAAAAAGUUAAUUUUAAUUGGAAUUGUUUGCGAUGAUGAAAUUAAAGAUUUUAUCAAAUUCAAACCAGCACAAGAGAUACCAAAAAAGGAUGUAAAAGUGCCAAUGCGUAAACGUGGACAAUUAUCAUUAAACAGUGAUCAUACACAUUUUAUUGUAAUUCGUGAAGAACCGAUUGGUUCUAGUUCAAUAAAUAAUUCAGUAAAAAAAAAUGUUAUAAUUGAUAUUGAUGAAAAACAGUUAGAAAAAAUUACUGAUUCAGCUGAUAGUGCUACAAAUAAAUUUCGUGAUCGUUUCGAAAAUUUUCUAUGCCAAGAAAAAUCACAAAGACGAACCACAUCUUCCGUUGAAUCACCACCACCACCAACAACAACUGAUGCUGCAACACUAACAUCGAAUAAAUCUAAUCCAUGGGGUGACGGUGGUUUUCCAAUGGUAUGCACAUUAGCUCGUGGUACACCAGGAACUAUUGAACGUGUAUAUAGAAAAAUUCAAAAUGAAGUUCCUAUUGUUCUUGUUAAAGGAACUGGAACAGCUACUGAUAUUAUUGCAUUUGCUUAUGAAGAAAUUUGUGCUAAAAUUGAAAAACAACAUAAAGAUAGUUACUUUAGAGUUGAAUUAACUCGACGUAUACUUGAUGACUAUCCUCUAUUAAGAAAUAAUAAUGCUAAACGAAAUGAAAUUCGUGAUUUUGUUAUGUCAAUUGUGUCAAUGGUUAAAAAAAAAGAGCAAGAAAACAGAAAAUUUUUAACAUUUAUUGAUAUUAAUAGUGCAACAGCACCAUUAAAUGAUUUUCAUAAAUUUAUUCUUUUAGCACUUUUACAAUCACAAAAACCACUAAUUGGCAGCAAAGUUAAUUUUCAAUUAAAACGAAAUCUUUUAUUAACACUCGAUUGGAAUACACCAGAUUUAGCUUUAUCAGAAAUUUUUCAACGUGAUGAUAAUAUGAAAUUCUCUAUUCACUCAGAAUUAUUUGAUAAAGCUAUACUUGGAAAAAAACUUGAAGCUUUUGUGGAUUUAUUUCUUGAUCGAGAUUUUGUUUUACAUCGAUAUUUAAAAUCAGAUAAAUUACUUGAUUUAUUCAAUAAUACGAAAGAAAAAGAUUUUUUCACAACAACAUCAAUUGAAGGAAUUCUUGGUUACUCAGGAGAUGAUGAAGAAGUGGCAAAAGACUUCGUUGAAAAGGAUCUUAAUAAAAUUGUUAAACGUUUAACGGAUAUUAGUAGUUUUUUUUGUAAACAUGAAAUGGAUUGUAAUGCAAUGGGAAUUUAUUUUGGUGAUAAAUCAGCUAAGGGUGUUGAACUACAACAAAAAAGAGCAGAAAAAAAAGCUCUUCGACAUUUAAUUAUUUAUGCUGUAUUAGUGAAUCGACAUCAAUUAGCAAAAAUUCUUUGGAAACGUUCAUCUGAACCAAUUCCAUUAGCAUUACUUUGUUAUACAAUGUAUAAACAAUUAGCACCAUAUAGUCAUGAAGCUUAUCAAAGAAUAUUAAUAGAAAAACAAGCAAAAGAAUUUUCCGAUUGUGCUUUAGGUGUUCUUGAUAAAGCAUUCAAUGAAGAUAGUACGAGAACAUUUGAAAUGCUUGAUGAAAAACAUUCAGAUUGGAGUCAUAUGGCAACUAUUGAAUUAGCUUAUAAUGCACACAACAAAGACUUUAUGGCACAUGCUGCUUGCCAAAAAUGGGUUACAAGACAAUUUUACGGAGAAAUUACACUACGUGAACUUCCAUGGGGAUUAUUUAGAUGUCCUGAUUCUAUUAAAAUUAUAUCUAGUGCUAUUUUGAUAUUUCCAAUGUGGUUUUGGAUAAAUUUUUCUCCAAUUGGUCAAGCACCUUCAACACCGACAAAAUCAAGUGACUUACCGCCUGAUGCACAACAAGGUUCAAAACCAGUACCAAAUAUUGACGAAACUAAAAAAUUAGCUGAACAUGUUGAUGAAAUUAGCAAUGAAGAAGAAGAAGAAAUUGGUUGUUUUCAACGAAUAAGAUCUUAUUCUUGUCGUGAUAAUUCAAAAACACAAAAAACUACAUCAAGUGCAUCGAAAUCUGAUAGAAAAGAAUUGAGUCAUUUUGAAGAAGUCUAUGUUUUAUGGUCAGCACCAAUAACGAAAUUUUAUACUAACUUUAUUGCCUAUCUUGCAUUUUUAUGCUUUUUUACAUUGGCUGUGAUGUGGCCAUCGUGUGGAAAUAUAUUACUUGAUUCUAUUGUUUGGUUUUGGGCAACAUCGAUUGCUUUUGAAAAUACACGUGUUUGUUAUAAAAAAUAUUGCUCUCAAAGUAAUUUACCUUUGAAAAAAGCAGUAUUGGAAGUUAUCGUACAAAUUAUAUUCCUGGCACUUUAUCUUGGUAUUAGAAUUAUUGGUUUAUGGACUAUUGGAACUUGUCACAUUUUAUCAGCAAAAGCAAUCUUAGGCCUCGGAUUAAUUUAUUAUUAUUAUCGAAUAUUAUAUACAUUUUUACCGAUAAGCCCAACGCUUGGUCCGAUGAUGAUUCGACUUCGAUAUAUGAUAAUGGAUGAUUUUGUUACAUUUUUACAAUUAUUUAUAAUAUUUAUGAUAUCAUCUGCCGUUGCAAUAACAAGUGUACUUUAUCCACACCAUCCACUCAAUGCAGAUUUAUUUUCAAGAGUUUUUGUAUUUCGUGGCUUAAUGGCAUUAUUUACUAAUGAAAUGACUGAUUUAAGACAUCAAGAUCAUUCAUGUUCAAUAAAUGCAACAAGUUCUACAGAAAAAGAACAUGCUUGUCAUGGAUUAUCUCAUGGUCUUUCAUUUAGUUAUGAUAAUAUUUAUGCAUAUAACCGAUAUGGAAUAUCAACACCAAAAUGCAAUCAACCAUCAUGGAUAGCAUGGGUUUUACUUAUACAAUAUUUCCUCUUAACUAAAAUAUUUCUUACAAGACUUUUAACAGCUCUGUUUAGUUUAACCGGAGCAAGAGUACAAAGUCAAUCUGAACAAAUCUGGAUGUACAAUCGAUAUGAAAUUGUUAUGGAAUAUGCUAAACGACCACGUUUACCACCGCCUUUUGUUGUUAUUUCUUAUAUUUUUAUGUUGAUAAAAAUAUGUUGUCGUCGUUGCAUUCUAAAAGCCAAAGAGUAUUCUGAUAAAAGAAGUUCUGCUACAUGUCGAAUUCGUACACAAUCUUCACCAACAGAUAAUCAUGAUAAUAAUACAGAUGGUUUUAUGGAUCCAUCAACUGAAAUAAUUCAAGAUCCUUCAUUAAUUGGACGUUGUCUUGGUUGUAAACUAUGUAAAAUAGUUACAGAAAAUAAAAAAAAUAAAAAUAAUAUACAGAAUCAUAAUACGGAAGAUAGUGAAGCUAAUCUAUAUUGGAAAUAUAAAGCUGCAGAAUAUUAUGCUAAAACACAAGAAGCUGAUAAAGUACAAGAAAAAAUUGAUAAUUUAUCAAAUUGUAUAACAAAUAUACAAAAAGAUGUCAAUGUACAACGGAAAUCAUUACGACAAAUCAAUGAUCAUGUUGGCUCAUUAGACAGAUUAAUGAUUGAUUUACAUAUAUUAAUUGAAAAAAUUCGUUCAGCAAUUCAAGGAGGAAAUAAAUCGUUACCAAAGGUUGACAAAUUUGCUCAUAUUUUAUCAAGAGAAUCACCAUAUAUUUAUACAAAUGAACCACGAUUUCCAGUUACAGAAAGAUAUAUUUCUUGGAAGAUUCAAUUUGAUUUAUAUGAUCCAAUCGUAAUUUCGUUACCAAAAGAACACGUUUGUUUUAAAGAUAGUGAACGGCCAUUUGUUGAACCCGAUAUAAUAAAAUCAAUUUCUGAUGAUGAUCAUGCUGAUCUUGUUGAUGAUGAUGAAGAUGAAUCACCAGUUGGUGAUGACACAAAUGCUACACCAUCAGUUCCUCUAGAUCAAUCAGACUUAUAUGAAUCUAUUGAAGAACCAGUAACAAAUGAUAUUAUUAUUCCAUUUACAGACUUCAAAUGGAAUCAAACAGUUGAAUUACAGUUAUCUAAUGGAAACAAGAUAAUUAUUGAUCGAACAACUUGGAUAACAAGUUCUGAAGAUAACACAUCUCCCACUUAUCAAUUAGAUCCUCAUUUAUCAAUACCUUUGAAUCCAAUGGGUCGUACAGGUGCACGUGGUCGUGGUGCAUUAAUUCGAUGGGGACCAAAUAAAUCUAUUAUGGCUGUAAUAACACGAUGGAAAAGACAUCUAGGUGAAAUUGCUAUUAUUGAUGGACAAAGAAUUUUAGAAGCUUUAGUAUUUAAACAUAAAUUAACCAGUAAUUGGAAAUUACCAGGAGGAAAAAUUUUAGGUGUUGAAUCUCCAUAUAGUGCUAUAUGUCGUAGUUUUAAUAAACUUGCUUUUCAAGAUUAUGAUUCUAAACAGAAUUUAUCAGUACAAGAAAAAGAUAUGAUUGAAUAUUUUCAAUCAUUUUCUCGUUCGUCGUUCAGCACUGCUGUACGAGAUGGAUUUACAUCUUAUAUGGUUUAUCGAGGAUAUAUUGAUGAUCUGCGCAAUACAGAUAAUGCUUGGACAGAAGCAGAAGUAUGGAAUUUUCAUUAUGAUUCAGACAUAUCAUUUCCUAAUUUGCGUACAGAUGGUAUGGCAAUAUGGAAAGAUGUGACAAAUAAUUCUCGAAGUUUUCUUAUUCAAACAUCAAUCUUACGGGAAAUAGCUCAAUUUCAUAAUGCUUAUUUUGAGUGA